GGACCGAGCAGAGGGGCCCAUAACAUGUCUGAGACUGUCGGUCUUCACGGAAGCCGACCACACCAAAAAGUACCCCAAACUCACUGCCAUCGGGAGCAAUUCCGACUCACAGUGACCCCGCAGGACCAGGUAGAACUGCCCCCGUGGGUUACCGAGACACUAACUCGACGGGAGUAGAACGCUCCGAGGGGCUGGUGGUUUCAAACUGUGGACCUUGGGGGUUAGUAGCCCAACUCGUAAGGACUAGGCCACCAGGGCUAGGCCAGACAGCCUCAUCUUUUCCCCCAAGAAUGAAUGACUGACUUUAGGAAAAGCCAACAGGGGACCCUCCCUCCAAUGAGGGUUUGUACCAAGUACCCAGGUAAGUCAAAAGAUACUGCCCUGGGGGGGUCUAGUUUGUACGUGUACAGGUUGCUUCUGAGCAUCACGCCUGUGUCUCCGUGGUCUGUGGAUGGCUGCAGACAAGUUCUCUGUCACACUUGGGUACGUUUGAUUGGACUGUCUUUUUUUUUAAAGAGAGAAGGCGGGGAGAGGUUUUCGUGAUGGUCAGCUAGCUCAGAGAGCUGUGCUUUGUGCCAGUCAAAUGGAAUGGGGAUUUCAUGAAAUGAGACGUAGGGACAAGUCUUGGAUUGACCAGCACAAUCUGGAGUUGUUACUGCUGUUCUGAGGCCAUCGCAGCGGUUGCAAUUCACAGCAACACGACACCGCCCGCCUGGCACCUGCCUGAAUCCCCAGUGGCCGGCCUACCUUCUUCUCCAGCCCAGCCACCUGGCCCCGGGUUCGGAGACACCCUGACCCUUGGUCCCUAGUUCCUGACCUUUUGGUCCUCCAGUACCUGGAUCCUUGGCCCCUAGUUCCCCUGACCCCUGAUACCCCAGCCCUGGCCCUCUGGCCGCUUGGUCCCUAGUCUCCCAGCCUCUGGCCCCCUGGUUCUCUGGCCCCCAGCCAGUAGCCCCUGGGGGUAUCUGAAUGAUGGCCCCUGAGAGUUGCAGAGAUUGCCAGUGUUAUUCUAAGAUGUGAGGGGCACAGAAAUCCCACCGGGGGCUCCAGGGUCAGACGGAUGCCCAAGCUGCUGUCUGGGGAAGGUUUCUGGGGCCGCUCUGGCGCGGCUGAUCUCAGCACUUUCCUCUCAGGAAAAUUCCUCCGGUGGCCACGGCAACUGCGCUUUGUUUCUAAACGGAGUUACAUGGCUGCGAGCAAGGCGCCGCAUCUGUCUGAAAUUAAGAGCCCGUUUUGGUGUUUAUUACGCUGUAAAAAUAUCAAAGUCUGGCCCGGUAGAUAAAAGCGGGUCACGGAGGCCGCCCAUUCCUGGAGAGUGACAGAGGUCCGGUUGACGCUGGGCGCUCGGGCAGCUGGUGGGGCCCUGUUGUGAGAAGUCGGAUGCCGCCAGGCCCCGGGGCCAGAUGCCGGCCAGAUGUGCUCCGGGUUUGACCCUUGCGCGUGAUGCCGUCACUCUGCCCGUAGGUGGGGAACUACCUGCGCAUGUUCCGAGGCUCUCUGUACAAGAGGUACCCCUCUCUCUGGAGGCGGCUGGCCACCGUGGACGAGAGGAAGAAAAUAGUGGCGUCGUCACAUGGUAAAAAAGCCAAACCUAACACGAAGGAUCACGGCUACACAACGCUGGCCACCAGCGUGACCCUGCUGAAGGCCUCCGAGGUGGAGGAGAUUCUGGACGGUAACGACGAGAAGUACAAGGCCGUCUCCAUUAGCACGGAGCCCCCCACCUACCUCAGGGAGCAGAAAGCCAAGCGGAACAGCCAGUGGGUGCCCACCCUGCCAAAUAGCUCCCACCACCUGGACGCCGUGCCCUGCUCCACCACCAUCAAUAGGAACCGCAUGGGCCGGGACAAGAAGAGGACCUUCCCGCUGUGCUUCGACGACCAUGACCCCGCCGUCAUCCAUGAGAAUGCAUCGCAGCCCGAGGUGCUGGUGCCCAUCCGGCUGGACAUGGAGAUCGAUGGGCAGAAGCUGCGGGACGCCUUCACCUGGAACAUGAAUGAGAAGCUGAUGACCCCCGAGAUGUUCUCAGAGAUCCUGUGUGAUGACCUGGACUUGAACCCGCUGACCUUCGUGCCGGCCAUUGCCUCGGCUAUCCGGCAGCAGAUCGAGUCGUACCCCACGGACAGCAUCCUGGAGGACCAGUCGGACCAGCGUGUCAUCAUCAAGCUGAACAUCCACGUGGGCAACAUUUCCCUGGUGGACCAGUUUGAGUGGGACAUGUCAGAGAAGGAGAACUCGCCUGAGAAGUUUGCACUGAAGCUGUGCUCAGAACUCGGCCUGGGGGGCGAGUUUGUCACCACCAUCGCCUACAGCAUCCGGGGACAGCUGAGCUGGCACCAGAAAACGUACGCCUUCAGUGAGAACCCCCUGCCCACAGUGGAGAUCGCUAUCCGGAACACUGGCGAUGCUGACCAGUGGUGCCCACUGCUGGAGACGCUGACCGAUGCAGAGAUGGAGAAGAAGAUUCGGGACCAGGACCGGAACACAAGACGGAUGCGGCGUCUGGCCAACACUGCCCCAGCCUGGUGACACCUUGGCAAGGGCACCCACUGCAGCGACAAGGAGACCACACUGCCGCCACCAAGAACCUUCUGAGCAAGGAGAGGCAAGACAGCCAUGUGGUGCUGAAAUUCCCGCCCCCAUCCCCCCUUCUCUCUCUCUCACACACACAUACAUCCCAACCCUCAGGCUCAGGGUCAGGGCCUCAUUUUGAGCUGUGUUUAGUUUUUCUAUAGGAGCCCUGAGGUGGGGGGUGGGGGUGGGGCAACACUUUUUCAAUAAAAGGCAAUAUAGGUCA